AUGAAAAGUUCUAAUUUUUUUUCUACAAAAUCUUUUGAAAAUAACAUCACCAAUAGGAAAAUUUCCAAAGAUAAAGUUAAAGUGAAAUGGCUAAAAAUUCAAUGGCUACGCUUUCAGAAUCACUGUCCAUUUAAGAUUCAGUUUAAGUACUCUAAUAACAACGAUGUUCUCUUUGAAACUGUUGAUAUAAGUAAGCGAAAAUCGGUAUUACAAGCUCCAAAACUUGCCUUAUUAUACCCUGACGGUAAUGUUAUUAACGAUGCCAAAAAAAAAGAUCUCCUUCAGCUAAAAGAAUUUAUUCCCUCAGUGUAUCAUGGUUUUUAUGAAAAUCUUCGGUCUGCAGCACAAGGAACUGGUGGAGAAAUGCUAGAUUACCCUGAAGAAGAAGAAGAAGAAGAAGAAGAAGAAGACGAACUUUUUUUACCUGUUGUAAGGUGUUUAAUCUAUUAUUUUUGUAUGUGA